AAGAAAAAAAGCCACCAAACACCAACGUGCAUUCCACAAUUCAUCUUUCUUCACACAAAUUACACCUUGUAUAAUAACUCCCCUCAAAACCCCCCAACAAAUCAUUCAAAAUUCAACCUUAUAAUUUUUCUUCAAACUAAACUACAAAAUUUUCUUCUUCCUCCCCAUUUCAUCAUUCCCUUUUCCUAAACACCAAUGGCACCACCCCAAGCAUCUAACAUGAUGCAAUUGCCGCCACCAGGACCGCCACCUCCACCGUCUGUCCCUACGACCGCAGCCGCUACAUCUCUACGCAUACCGAUUUCUCUACAACCGGCAAAUAGCAAAAAUAGACGCACUUCCUCCAACAAGUUUUUCGGAAAAUUUCGUUCAAUUUUCCGAUCGUUUCCCAUCAUUGUGCCAUCAUGCAAGAUGCCCACCAUGAACGGAAACCGUGCAGGUGAGUCAAUCAUCCAUGGUGGCACAAGGAUUACUGGAACCCUAUUUGGUUACCGUAAAGCGAGGGUGAACCUUGUUUUCCAAGAAAACUCUACAUGUCACCCGUUCCUUCUUUUGGAGUUGGCCAUUCCCACAGGAAAGUUACUCCAAGACAUGGGAAUGGGGCUUAAUAGAUUAGCGUUGGAGUGCGAAAAACACUCCAGCAACGAUAAAACAAAGAUAAUAGAGGAACCCAUUUGGACGCUAUUUUGCAAUGGAAAGAAAACAGGUUAUGGGGUGAAGAGAGAGCCAACAGAUGAUGACUUGAGCAUAAUGCAAAUGUUGCGGGCAGUCUCAGUGGCAGUCGGCGUGCUUCCGAACGAGAUGUCAGACCCUCAAGACGGAGAAUUGUCAUAUAUGAGGGCUCAUUUUGAACGUGUGAUUGGGUCUAAGGACUCAGAGACUUAUUAUAUGAUGAUGCCAGAUGGUAAUAGCAAUGGACCUGAGCUUAGUGUGUUUUUUGUUAGAGUUUGAUAUACGGGGUUUGCUAAGUGAGAAAAGGGAAAUUAAUAAGAUGUUUGAGUUUGUUUAAAUAUGUGCAGAACACAAUUAAUGUUUGUGUUACUUACCUGCAUGCAUGAUUAAUUUCAUGUACUUAGAACAACUCUGCAUGUAUGAUUAAUUUCAUGUACUUAGAACAACUGUAUAUUCAAAUAAUUAGAGUAACUCUUCUAUUAA